AUGGGCGACAUGGUGCUUUUGUCUGGAAAGUUUUGUUAUGAUACUAUUGAAGGAGAUACUUCUGGAAUUGUGUUAACUGUAAACAAAGCAAUAAAAUAUCCAAAUAGAAAUUCAGGUUCAUGGGCAGUUAUUAAUUAUCCUAAAACAAGACCAUCAGUUUCUAUUACAGCAGUCUGUGAGAGUAUGAUUAUUAAUGGAAUUCCACAAGUCAAAUCUUCUGUCACUGAUAAAUUUGGAGGAAAUGAAAUGAAAUAUGUCAGCAUGAGAACUUCCUUGUAUUGUUGCCUGUCAAGAACAUCAGAUGUUCCACAUUAUUUCUUGGUUGCAUAUGCUCAUAAAUUAUUAAGAAUGGAAGAAAAUUCAAUUACAAGAUUAGUAAUUUGUGCAACUGAAAUAGAUUAUGAAUCAAAUUCAAAUUUUACAUUCACAAAAAGAAAAACUAUUGGAGAUUUGGCAAUUAUGGAAUUAGAAAGUAAUGCUAACAAUAUUAAUGAUCAUUCAUUUGUAAAACAUAUGAGUGAAAUUGAAAAUAUUAAUGAAGAAUUGAUAUUUACUGUAUAA